UGAUGAACUAGUGCUGCUGUAUGUUGAUGCACUUUCUACUAGCUUGGAGCGUCCGAUAACAUCCUUCCCACUAGGAUCCCCCUCCUCCCCAAAAUAAGAAACUAAGCAAGGCAAAGAUGUAAGCGAUAUGCGUUUUCAAAUUUCGAAAAUUUUCCGGGUUUUGCCAUCGUUUGAGGAUUGGGCCUCGUGCGUUUGAAGUCAAGGGCUAAGAUCCCGAAACUUUUUGGCUUUAAGCCGUUCCGCUGAGGUUCAACUUCUUGGAUUUGCGUUCUUCAAAUUUCGAAAAUUCUCCACGUUUUACGGUCGUUCUGGGAUUGGGUUUCGUGCGUUUGAAGCGCUAAAGCCCCAAAGUUUUUGAAUUUCAGCCCUUUCCCUGCGAUUCAGUUUCUUGGAUUUGCAUUUUUCAAAUUUCGAAAAUUUUCAACAUUUUUGUGUCGUUUUGGGGUUGAAUUCUGUGCGUUUGAAGUGCUAAAGUCCCAAAAUUUUUGAUUUUAAGCCCUUUCCCUGAGAUUCAACCUCUUGGCUUCGUGUUUUUCCAAUUUCGAUAAUUUUCCACGUCUUUCGUCGUUUUGGGAGUGAAUCCCGUGAGUUUGAAGCGCUAUUGGGCUUGAGGAUCCCAAAAUUUUUGAUUUUAAGCCCUUUCGCUGAAAUUUAAUGCCUUGGCUUCGCGUUUUUCAAAUUUCGAAAAUUCUCCACGUUUUUUCGUCGUUUUGAGAUUGCGUCUCGUGAGUUUGAAGCGUUGAGAUCCCAAAGCUUUUGACUUUAAGCCCUCUCCCUGAGAUUCAACCUCUUGGCUCUGCGUUUUUCAAAUUUCGAAAGUUUUCCACCUUUUUCGUCAUUUUGAGAGGGAGCCCAUUGACCUCGAAGGGCUAAGAUCCCAAUAUUUUUGAUUUUAAGCCCUUUCGCUGAAAUUUGAAUCCUUGGGUUGGCGUUUUCAAAUUUCGAAAAUUUUCCACGUUUUGUCGUCGUUUUGUGGUUGAGUUUGAAGCGUUAAGAGCCUAAAACUUUUGACUUUCAGCCCUUUCCCCCGAAAUUCAAUCCCGUCGCUUCAUGGUUUCGCCUCCACCUUUUUCGUCAUUUUGAGAGUGUGUGAACCCAUUGACCUUGCAAGGCUAAGAUCCCAAAGUUUUUGAUUUUAAGCCCUUUCGCUGGAAUUUACUUCCUUGGGUUCGCGUUUUCAAAUUUCGAAAAUUUUCCACGUUUUGUUGUCGUUUUGUGGUUGAGUUUGAAGCGUUAAGAUCCUAAAAUUUUUGAUUUUAAGCCCUUUCCCCCGAAAUUCAAUUCCAUCGCUUCAUGGUUUCGCGGUUUCGUGGUUUCGUGGUUUCGUGGUUUCGUGGUUUCGUGGUUUCGUGGUUUCGUGAUUUCGUGACUUCGUGGCUUCGUGGUUUCGUGGUUUCUUGGUUUCCUGGUUUCCUGGUUUCUUGGUUUCUUGGUUUCUUGGUUUCCUGGUUUCCUGGUUUCCUGGUUUCCUGGUUUCGUGGUUUCAUGGUUUCAGGGUUUCGUGGUUUCCUGGUUUCCUGGUUUCUUGGUUUCGUGGUUUCAUGGUUUCGUGAUUUCAGGGUUUCGUGGUUUCCUGGUUUCCUGGUUUCCUGGUUUCCUGGUUUCCUGGUUUCUUGGUUUCGUGGUUUCAUGGUUUCAUGGUUUCGUGAUUUCAUGACUUCAUGGCUUCAUGGUUUCAUGGCUUCAUGGGUUCAUGGGUUUGGGGUUUGUUUGUUUUUGUGUCGGAGGUUUUGGGUUCGGGUGUUGGAGGUUUUGGGUUUGGGUGUUGGAGGUUUUGGGUUUGGGUGUUGGAGGUUGAGGUUUCCGAAGGGAUGUGUUUGCAAAGUUUUAUUGCUCUUAAUAUUUUUUACUUUUUUACUUCCGAUGUGGUGGCUUUGUUUACCGUGUGCUGAACUCGAAAGCUCCUCCAUGGAUGUGAUGACCCAUGAAAACUCCGUUUAGGUUAGCAGAGGAUUGAAGCUAAUUUUGUCCACCUGUGAGAAGGAAAAAGUGGACCUUGUAUGACUCUUCUGGUCGUGAUUAUUUAGGCCAUAUGGACCUUGCACGCGGGUAGAUAUACGUCUGACACUAACUAAGUUGCCCCACGAGCACUGACAUACGUAAACACUGACACACACAAGCACAGUGACUACAUAUAAAGAAGCAGCAACAUGCUUAAGGUUCAACACAUAACAAAACAAGAACUAAAAACAACUGAAAAAUCAAGAAAAUGGAUAAUAUGCAAUGUUAGCGAAGCGUGCCUAUCUCCUCGUGGUGACUCUCUAAAGCAUUAAGGAAAGCAGGGCCGGCUUUUUGUUAACGUGUGACACUCCU